AUGAAACUUAACAUCUCGCUUCUCUUCGUUCUCGCGCUCGGCGCUCAGGCUUCCUGGUUCGGCAACGAAAAGCCGGCGUACGAGGGUUGGGAUACACAACAACUCACGGCUUGGCUCAAGGCGCACGACGUGCCGCUGCCAGCCGCCGCUCAGCCGCCGACGCACAAGUACCUCCAGGAGCUUGUGAAGAAGAACUGGGCAGAAACCGCCGCGUCCGCCUCUUCCGCAUAUGAUGCUGCCGCCGCUACCGCCGGAGACUACUACGACUCUGCUGCGGCAAAAGGCAACGACGCCUAUGCCGCCGGCCAGCACGUGUUCCAGGCUGCCGAGCAGCAGCGCAAGGCGGCUUGGGAGAGCACGAUCGAGGCGUGGGACGAGAGCGCGUUGAGGAAUUUCUUACUUGAGCGCGGUGUUGUGGAGCCAAAAGGCACGCGCGAGGAACUCGCGUUGCUCGCGAAGCAGAAGUACCGCGAGUGGAUGAAGUCCCUCGGUAGCGCGAGCGCGUACGCCGCACAGGCCACUGCUGACGUCGGCCGCAAGGCUUCCGAGCAGAAGGACUGGGCCUACUCGACCUGGACUGACUCCCAGUUCCACGACUUCCUCGUUGACAAGGGUCUAAUCAAGAGCCAGCAGCAGGCGACGCGCGACGAGAUGAUCAACUACUUCAACUCGUGGUACCACUCGGCCGUCGACCCCGCUUACGAGGCCUGGUCUGACUCCUACUUGAACGAGUGGCUCUGGUCGCACAACGUCACACCGUUCUACAAGGACGUGCCGCCGCGCCCGACGCUACUUGAGCGCAUCAAGCUUUACUACUAUGACAUCACCCAGAAGGUCUGGAACACCUGGACGGACUCCGAGAUGAAGACUUGGCUUGUCUCGCACAACAUCAUCAAGUCUGACGCGACCGUCGCCCGCGAGAAGCUCGAGAAGCUCAUCGCGGACAACUACCUCGCCGCACACGACACGAUCUGGGAUGCAUGGCGCGACACCGAUAUCCGCGGCUGGCUCGUCGAGCACAACAUCGUCUCGCAAGAAACCGCCGACUCCUUGACCCGCGAGGAGCUCGUCGCGAAGAUAUCAAAGCACUACGACGACGCUGCCGGACGUGCGGAGGACUACCUUGUCUGGCCCGAUGCGCGCCUGCGUGCUUUCUUGAGGGAGCAGGGUGUGUCUGAGGACGCGCUUCCGACCUCUCGCCCGGGCUUGUUGCAGGAGGCGCGCAUUCGCUGGGUUCAGACAGAGCAUGCCGCCGACGCUCUGUACGGCCGCAUCCUCAACAUUCUGGGUAGCGGAAAGCACGUCGCCGAGGAGAAGCUCCGCCAGAUCUUCGAGAUCUUGACCGGCGGCGCUGAGUGGACGAAGGCGAAGGGCCAGGAGAACGUCGACUGGGGCAAGUACAAGGCCGGUGAGGCGGGUGACUACGCCAGCGCGCAGGCCGGUGCCGCGAGAGAUGCAGCUGGGAAGAAGGCGAGUGACGCGAAGGAUGCCGCACGAAAUGCGGGCAAGGCAGGCGCUGGGAAGGUUGAGAGCGCUGCCGGGAAGGUGAAGAGCGAGUUGUGA